AAUAAUAAUAUAAUACAACACGUGUUUGACAUUUGAGUUGAAAUUUAUAUUUGUUGUCAACAAAUGUUUUGAUCGCUUUGUGUUUUGGGAUCAGCUGUCGAUGUAAUCAUUGAAUUAACUAAUUACUUGGUUUUAUUGUUGUUGUAAUAGCAAUGAAGAUAAAAUCCAAAGAGAGUCUUCUGGUGAAGUCGUUUGUCCAGUCAGUGAGCGCUGCGACCACUUUCGGCAAACGGUAUAAAAAAGUUUGUCGUCUUCUCGAUUCGCGACCACAACUCAGUGAUCAGCAAUGGAUUUACAUCUGGAGAGGACUUUACUACAGUGUCUGGUAUUCAGAGAUGAACAAAGGCUGCGACCAAUUGAUCCAACGUAUAGGCAUUUAUGAUAACAUACCGAUGCUUUUGAACGGUUUUCAGGCGAUCACUAAUGACUGGUUCGGUAUCGACGCCUUCAGAGUCGAUAAGUAUAUGUUUUUGGUUAGAGUUAUGAUCAACACAUGUCUUAAGUUACAAAUUGAAGCACUGAUUGAUGAUAAACAGGAUCAGAGCCUAACAAUAGUCAAUAAUGAAUGUAUUGACGCAAAUAAUAAUAAUCAGAAAACUGAUGACAAAAAAGAGGAGACGAAUGAUUCAGAGGAUGAAGAAAUUAAUGGUAAAAGUAAUAAACAACAAAAUAGACAGAAAUACAGAAAACGAUUUGAUAAGCGAAACGAUAGCCAAAAGAAAGAGAUGACAUUUGACAUGGAAUUCAAGGCUAAUGUCAUCGAUAAGAUCCUAAUGACCGUUAAGUCAUCGAUUGGUUUAACACUUCAUUUAUCGGACAUAUUUAUCGAAGAAUUUCAGAAAGUAUUGUCUGAAAUGAGAACCAAAUUGAAUAACAGAGAAGUGGAUAUUUAUUACCACAUAUUAGUACCGUUUGUCAAAUUGAUUGCUGUUAUCGGCGAUCAUCGGGUUUUAAGUAGCCUUAAGACCAACAUUUUCGACAAAUUUAAGAAUCAGUUAUUGAUUGCCGAAUCGGUUGACACACGAAAUCAAGUGUUAAACAAACUUAUAUCUGCUAUGGUAACCAUCGGUGGUGUUGAACUACUUCUACGGAGAAAUCGAGAUAUAAUAUAUGACAUGAUUUCCAUAUUUAAACAAAAAGUUUAUCAAUUGACGGAAACAAAUCCUGAAUUUAAGUCAAUUAAAAGAACGAAGAUAUUUAUCGGACGCGGAAGACAUAAGAAAGUCAAGUAUGAGAUGACGAGUAAAUCGCCAUUUGUCACAUCAAUUGUUCCAAUACCUGUUUUGUAACUUUUUAUAAAUUUGAAAUUUAUUUUAAAUAAACAUCAAUUUUAAAUAGAGAUUCACAAACUAAUAAAUACAUUUAAU